CGGCCGGGCAGCCCCUCAAGGGCCCUUUGCCCAGAUGGAGCGCAUGGUCGUGAGCAUGCAGGACCCCGACCAGGGCGUGAAGAUGCGGAGCCAGCGACUGCUCAUCACAGUGGUUCCUCACGCCGUUACAGGCAACGACAUUGUGGAGUGGCUGAUACAGAAAUACUGCAUCUCAGAGGAGGUGUCAGGACCAAGCCAAGUGUUGGGGAAGGGGAACUCAUCUCCAGAGACCCUGCUCAAGUCUACCCAGAUGAGAAUUCACCACCCUGCCCACCCUCCCAACCCCACCCCAGAGGCCCUGCACCUGGGCAUCCUCCUGGUGUGGCAUGGCUACCUGUACCCGCUGCGGGACCCCCGCAGCCUUGCGCUCCAGCCUGACGAAACACUCUACAGGUUCCAGACACCCUAUUUCUGGACGAGCACUCUGUGGCCAGCUACUGAGCUGGACUAUGCCAUCUACCUAGCCAAGAAGAAUAUCCGAAAGCAGGGAGCCCUGGUCGACCAUGAGAAGGAGCACUAUGACCUGCUGCACAGGAAGAUCAACCACACUUGGGACCUGGUAGUGAUGCAGGCAAGAGAACAGCUGCGGGCAGCUAAGCAACGCAGGAAGGGGGACAGGCUGGUCAUUGCGUGCCAGGAGCAGACGUACUGGCUGGUGAACAGGCCUCCGCCUGGGGUCCCCAGUGUGCUGGAACAGGGUCCAGAGCGGGGCUCCUGCAUUGCCAGGGGAGUGCAGAUGACCAAGAACAUGGAUUUCUACAAGCAGGAGAUCGAGUGCUGCAGAAAGGCCCUGGGCAGGAUCCGGGUGAAGUCCUCUGUCUGCCUUGAGGCGUACCUGAAGUUCAGCAGCCAGCACGGCCCGCAUGACCCCAUCAUGUCGGGGUGCCUGCCCAGCAACCCCUGGAUCACAGAUGAUGACACCUACUGGGCCAUGAAUGCACCCAAUGUGGCUGCACCCACGAAGCUCCGUGUGGAGCGAUGGGGCUUCAGCUUCCGGGAACUCCUGGAGGACCCUGUGGGACGGGCCCAUUUCAUGGACUUUCUCAGGAAGGAGUUCAGUGCCGAGAACCUCAGCUUCUGGGAGGCCUGUGAGGAGCUGCGCCACGGUGGGCAGGCCCGGGUCCCCGCGCUGGUGGACUCCGUGUACCAGCAGUUCCUGGCCCCUGGCGCCGCCCGCUGGGUCAACAUCGACAGCCAGACGAUGGAGCGGACCCUGGAGGGCCUGCGGCGGCCCCACCGCUACGUGCUGGAUGCGGCCCAGCUGCACAUCUACAUGCUGAUGAAGAAGGACUCCUACCCGCGGUUCCUGAAGUCCGACAUGUACAAAGGCUUGCUUGUGGAGGCCAUGACGCUCCCGGAGACAAAGAGACGUGUGUUCCCAUUCAUGUGGAAGCGGCGGCACUCGAGCCUGAGCCCUGCUGUCCUUCCUGCUCCUGCCUCGGGGGAGCCUGCAGCUGCUGCUGGUGGCCCUGGGGGUGGCGAUGAGGCAUAGGUGGGCCUGAGCUGGAGUAGGAGGUGACCAUCCUCGCCUCAUCAUCCUCUUCUCACCCAGGGUUCUGGCAGCUGCUGAGAUGCCAGCAUGGGCACCCCGUAGUGCACAGAGGGUCUGGCCUUGCUGUGGGGCACACGAGUCUCUCCCAGACUUCCCAGAAGGGACUGGUCUAGGUGCUGACUACCAGAGAGGGGUGUCAUUGGCCAAACUUGGGUUACCUGGAGAAAGGUGGACUAGAUGGGCAAACCAGACCGAGGCCACGCUCCUGGCAUGAGGUAGUCUUCAGUUCAGCUCUAGGUGCCCACCCCCAUCGCCAGACCAUUAAGUUAGCAGGCGAGUACCUGGGAGCCAGAUGCAGACAGGUGGUGUCGAGCAGGAGGCACUUGUCACAUGGUGAGGAAAUGCAGGCUUCAAAGCUAAUUUACCCACUUUGCCUUGCUCAGUGUGACCCCAAUGCGGACUCCACAGAACUCCCAGAAUUUUGCUGGGGCUGUGCUCAGCCUUCUGGGUACAGAGCUGUCCCCAAAGGUGCUGCCCUGACCUUCACUGUCACUGUAUUUGUCCCAGACCUGUCCUGAAGGUGCACCUGUUUGGCCUUCUCGAGGCUCUUAAGGCUGUGGCUCUUCUGCCAGUUGAACAGAGCUGACUCCAACAUUGUCCCUCUCUCACAACUGUCCCUGAUGACAGCCCUGCCUGGGUGGGCGGGCAGAGCCUCUGAGAGGCGCUGACACCAGCUGUCCUUGAUUGGGAGGGCCCCACCCACCCCCUUCCCGACUCAGGGUGAAGGAACUGCUCCUUUGGGGGUACAGCUCUGACUGGUUCAGGCGAGGCAGUGCCCCCCUCUCCUGGCUAGCCUGCUCCUGCCCACUCCUGGCACAGAAAUAAAAGACCCUUGGCCGGGGUAGCUCAGUUGGUUAGAGUCAUCCCAAUACACCAAGGUUGUGGGUUUGGUCCUCGGUCAGGGCACAUAUAAGA